GAACAAGAAAAAAUCGAAACGUGCACGCGGCGCAGGGGCUCGGCAACGCAAAAUGCUAAUAGCACGGACACAGAGUAUGCCAGCAGCAUUUGUCCCUCCGGUGGUACUCCCUAGUCGUGGCAAUACGAGUAACGUGAACGUAAAAGAAGUCGACGUAGGAGUUCUAACCAGUG